CCCACCCCCUUCCCUGCGACGCUGAGGCUGCAUUGACUUGAUUAAGACAACGACAAUGGAGCCAGAAAAAGGCACCGCCGGACGCGGGUCCGGACCCGAACCGGGAAACUUAUACUACCUCGGUUUAUGCACGUCGCUACUUCGUCUUCGUAAGUUCUCCAGAUGCCGCGAGUUCGCUCUCAAGAUCCAAAGAUCCGACCCAGACAUCUCCGACACCGUCGAUCGAAUACUUGCAAUCACCGAUGUCCACCUCGCAGCCGAGAGGCGCCUCGACAGCCACUUCGACUGGUACGCUAUUCUCCAACUUGGCCGUAGUGACUCCGGAAACCACCAACUCAUACGGAAUCAAUUUAAGAGGCUUGCGCAGCUCUUGAACCCAAACAGAAAUGAGUUUGCAUCCUCAGAUGAAGCGUUCGUGCUCGUGCGCGACGCAUGGCGCGUGCUUUCGGACCCAGAAAAGAGAGCCGAAUACGAGCAGGCGAUUGGCGAUUUGGUACGCCAAGAACAUUGCAAACAGAGUAGUGAGAGCAAGAAAGAGGGGUUUGGCGUUGUACCCAGAAAUGGGCGUAACGUGAAUGUAGGUAAACAGAAAGCCUCAUUUUGGACUAUGUGCCCUUAUUGUUGGUCUUUGCAUGAGUACGAGAAGAUAUACGAAGAUUGCUCUCUGCGGUGCCCGAAAUGCAGGAGGGUGUUUCAAGGGAUAGCGGUGAAGCCUCCGACAAAUGACAUGUUAGUGAAGGGGAAAGACCAAUACUAUUGCUAUUGUGCACAUGUUCCUUUAAGGUAUCCACCGUCGCAACAUUCAGAGGUGAAGGGAAGCAAGUUCAAUAUGCAAAAGCCGUGGAGCAUGGAAGGCUGGAUCAAGAAUGGAAAAUCUUCUGUUGAUAGCCCUGAGGACGAUGACGUUGACGAUUCAUCAAAGAAUUGCGGAAUCGGAGAAGAGGAAAGGGUUUUGCGUGCAGAGCAAGCAGGAACUGAGGGAUUGUAUGGAGAUUUGGGAAAUGGGAAGCGGCGGAUGAGGGUGAAAACUGUGGCUAGAAAUACAAAGAAGAUGACCGGGAACAGGAUGAGAAACCGGGCAUAUAUUUCACGGGAUAGUGAUGCUGAAUCGUUGGAUUUAGAUGCAGAAGAUGGUGACUGAGUUGGAAAUUGCAGAAGGAGAAUCUGAUGGUUUUGUUAGUGUACGAUAUGCUAAUUGAUGGAAGGGGUACAAAAAGGUGAGGACUUUAGUAACUUUUUGAGUAGUCCUAGCACGUGUGGCAGAUUUCAGUGUUCUUGGCUUGUGUUCUGCUCACUCUGAAGGAAAAAAGAAAUCCUAAAGGUCCAUAGGAUAGGAGUUGAUAGUGUACAACGUCCAAGAGGAAAAGAGGUAUUGCGUUGUCUUGUAUUUAACGGUUUCUGCAAUACCAAUUUUGUUCUACUAAUGAAAAAGUGAUGUAAAUGUUUGGUUUCCUUGGAGAUAAUAUGUGUCAACUGAGCAUAAUCUGUGUUUUUCAUCCAGAAAAGAAAAGGAAAAAAAAUGUGUAGACUGGACAUUAUCUGUUA